AUCUAUCACCAAUAAAUUGUACCAAGUUGAUAACAUGAGGAUAUGCUAAACAAUAUCUAUGUUAAAAUUAUUUUCAUGAAUCCUUAUCAAAGGCUUCAUUAAAAUGCUCCCAUAAAUAUGGGUUUUGUCGAAGACAAUGAUUAUAAAUCAAAGAAGAUUGGCUUGAAGGUUGAUAAAAUAUUUUGUGAGCAUGGCGAGAAUUAAAUAUAAGUGGAGAAUCGUGAGGCACUUAGGGAUCCAUCAACAACUUUCUCAUGAAUAAAUGGCGGUCAUUGUCGUAGGCCGCUCAUAACUUAUCAACAUAAGAGAAUACAAAAUAUGAGUUGGAUAAUAACAAGAAUAUGUAAGGAGGGAAUGUAUUUUUCAUGAAAGCUAAAAAGAGCAUCCAAAGCAGAUCAAGCAUCCAACGGUUAUAAAUAAAUCAGUUAAUUAUAUAGUAGAAGCUGAGAAUACUUUAACGGUUACAAAUAAAUGGCACAUGCUGCUGAUUUAAUAAAUCACGUUUUCAUAUUGCCUUAUAAAUCAAGCAGCACAACUUCUUUUUCUUUUCAAUAUCAAAUUAAGAAACUCAAGAGAUGGCUGUCAUGGCUAAAUACCUACAACCAGUAAUAAUACUUGUGCUGGUUUUGGUUGCCAUCAAAAUCUUCCGAAGACAUGGAUUUUGGUGGAGGAAAGCAAAGAAGAGGUAUCAUCCGAUUGCUGGAACUAUUUUUCAUAAGUUUCUAAACUUUAGAAGAUUGCAGGAUUACCUCACAGAUAUCUCUCGCAAAUACAAAACUUUUAGAUUGUAUGCUCCUUUUCGUAAUCUGAUCUACACCACAGACCCUGCAAUCGUGGAGUAUAUAUUAAAAACCAACUUCAAAAACUACGGCAAGGGACAAUACAACUAUGAAAAUUUGAAGGAAUUAUUUGGAGAUGGAAUCUUCGCAGUGGAUGGUGAAAAAUGGCUUCAUCAGAGGAAAUUGGCGAGAUACGAGUUCUCAACAAGAGCUUUGAGGAACUAUAGUACCAGUGUUUUUAAAAUAAAUGCAACAAAACUGGCCAAUAUCAUUUUUGAUAAAGCAAAAUCUGAUUUGGCCUUCGAUAUUCAGGAACUGUUUAUGAAUUCAACAAUGGACUCAAUCUUCAAAAUUGGGUUUGGUGUUGACCUAAUGAACUUGGAUGGGUAUGUGGAUGGGAUUAAAUUCACAAAAGCUUUCGAUAACGCAAGUGUUUACAUCCUAAGUCGGUAUGUUGAUGUUUUAUGGAAAUUUAAAAGGUUUUUCAACAUUGGCUAUGAGGCGCAGCUCAAGAAGGACAUCAACAUUAUUAAUGACUUCAUAUACAACUUGAUUCGUGCAAAAAAAGAGAAUAUGACUAAUGCUAAAAGGAAUUUGGAAAAGAAAGAAGACAUCAUCUCACGAUUUAUGAGUGAAAUGGAGCAUGAUCCAAAAAAUAUAACUUACGAAUAUUUGAGAGAUAUUGCUCUCAACUUUGUUAUAGCUGGCAAAGACACCACAGCUGGAACACUAUCUUGGUUCAUAUAUUUGUUGUGUAAACAUCCCGCCGUGCAAGAAGAAAUUUUUCAAGAAGUGAAAGAAGCUACCCAAGCAGGACAAGAUAUUAGUAUUAGUGAAUUCGCUGAGAAUAUAACUGAAGAGUCUCUUGAGAAAAUGAGGUACCUUCAUGCUGCAUUAUCCGAAACCCUAAGGUUAUACCCAUCAAUACCAAUGAAUGUGAAGAGCUGCUUCUCUGAUGACACUUUACCUGAUGGGUUCAAUGUUAACAAGGGCGACGUUGUGUUCUACCUGCCAUAUCCCAUGGGUAGAAUGGAAAUACUAUGGGGCGAUGAUGCUGAAAAAUUUCAACCAAAGAGAUGGCUGAAUGAUGAUGGGUCAGUCCGAAAUGAAAGUCCUUUUAAGUUUACAGCAUUCCAGGCUGGACCUCGUAUAUGCUUAGGAAAGGACUUCGCAUAUACACAGAUGAAGAUAUUCGCAGCCUUCCUGCUCCAUUUUCUCAAGUUUAAACUUAGCUCCAAGAGCAAUGAUGUCCAUUAUAAAACUAUGAUAACUCUUCACAUAGAUCAAGGCCUUUACGUGCAUGCAUAUCUUAGAUGAAUAUGCGUCAAUUACUUGUGCUGGAAAUUAUGUUUAACCCAAAAACAUAUGAAGUGCAUUUCCUUAAAUUUACACUAUUCUUGGAUUGAAGGAAAACCAAGGAAAUGAAAUGAAUGAAGCCAUAAUAAUUUGUAGUUUGAAUAUUUUUUAACGGUUAUUGAUUUGAGCUUUUCAAAAUGUGGCACAAUUUAUCCCAUUAAUGCCGUUAAUUAUUCUAAAAAAUUUGCUUAGCCAUAAGUAGAAAAAGAUGUUUCUUACAAUUAGGAAAAAACUAUUAUAUAUAUAUAUAUAUAUAUAAUUGUUCCAACCACAUAAAGUCUAAGUAAAUUUAUUCUGCAUGAUUUUUUUUUUUUACAUUUGUUUUUUAAGCUUCAUUUGAUGGGUCUUAUCGAGCAGAGGUGAGAUGUUUGUCGAUAGCUGUGGUGGUUGUAGAGUUUAGAGUAUUCAACAUUAUCUUUUGAACUUACCCUUUCUAAUGUAAUGAUCUAGGAAUUUUUUUUUUAUGGACAUCACUAGUGGUAUUUCUAUCUUGUAUGAAAUAUUAUUUAUAGUUAUCUUUAAUGGACAGUGAAGAUUAAAUUAUGGUUAGAUACUAUUAUCUUUGAGUUGACCAAGCUGAUUCCUGUGAACUCGAGCAGUUGAUAGUAGUUCAAACUGAUGGUCCGUGGCAUCUUCCAUCAGUGAUGUCUUGAUUAAAAAAAUUGAAUACUAUAGGCAAUGAUCUAACUAGUGCAUUAAUGAUGACAUAUCAAAGUUUCGACAGAAAAUUGGCUUGGUCAUUCCCAUUUAAUAUUAGGAGUUCAGAUAACCAUUACUUCCCAUUUGUAGCAUUGGAGAAAGGGUCAUACUCAGCCUCUAUCAACAAUACAAUGAAGCUUGGGUUUGAGGGCCAAUUUGAGAUUUGAUGGAGAAAAUUCAUUGGGAGAUUCUUAAUCAUGCCAUAAAGCAAAAGAAGACCAUCAAAUGAUAGCAUGCUUACUUCCUAUUGAGCACAUAUUUCAAGGCAUACAAAGAAGCAAAGCAUCACAACCAUGUUAUAUAUUGAUUUAGGAAGGCGGGGGUAGAGAAACGACAUUGAGUAGGUUAAGGAAAAGUUUUCCGUCUUUGCAGAAUUGUAAAAGAAAAUAGGUACUAACUUGAGGCAUAAUAAGUCUGUUUGUGAGGCUACCAAUAUUCCUAUGAUGGAUGAGAUCUAGUUAACAUCAAGUUCUCUAGCUAUGUUAGUGAAUUAAAAGGACAAGUUGGAAAGGGAGAAUCGAAAGCUGAAGAAAUCCAUCUCUACAGAAAUCACUAACUCUUGACGUUAUUUUGCUGUAGGAACUAGGUUCAAAGAAAUCAGUGUUGAUAUGAGAAACAACAUGAGGAGGUUGAAUGCUUUCUUGGAUGCUUGUUUGUAUAAUAAGAGAUCUUUGGCUAAGUAUUUCUAACCAUUUACAAAUAAAAUAUUUUAAGUUAAUGCUACCAUUGCAAAUGCUCUAGUUGAGAAGGCUUUGUAAGUUGAGUAAAUUGUUGAUCCCAUGAGCUCACAGGUUUGUCAAGCUCACUAAUAUUUAUGUCUAGUAUUACAACACGAUGAACAAUGGUGGACUAAUAAACAUAUCAAGAUGGAUUCAAAUCACUUUAUCAAGAUAAAAGUCAUGUAAAAUUUCAUGAAAAUAACAAUUUGGAGAUUAAAUUUCAUGAAAAUAACAAUAUGGAGAUUAUUAAAUCAUAACGAUUUAAUGUGAGAGCAAUACACUUUAUAAGCUUAUAGAUUAUCUACAUACUCACAUUAUCACCUUAAAUUUUUUUUUUAACCUAUAAAUAAUAAUUGUAAUAAUUCACAAUGCUUUAUAAUAAAAUCUUAUCAUAUUAAUAAUAUAUAUUUGUAUUUAAAAUGCUUAUAUUUUUUAUAUCCUUCUUUAUGCAUGAAGAAUCCCAUUAUUGUGCUAGGGGGAGAGUUGUCAAAGGCUUGUUAGAAUCCCAUGGAACAUAAUAGGUUUUUGAAACAACUAGUUUCACUUAGGAUUUCCCUAAAUUAUGAUUGGAUCAUUUCACACUCUUUGUCCUCCAUAUGCAUACCCAUUGAUAUAAGUUGUUUGUGGGCUCCGAAAAUUC